CUGGUCCACAAUUGAGGAUUGGCUGAGUGGAGCGAGAUGAGGACACGAAUAGUCGCAUUUGCCCUGCUGGCUUUUUGUCAGCUCCAUCUCCAGCAGAAUGGAGGAGUACUGGGACAAAAGUACUAUAUGAAUUUUGCCUUCAAUAACAACAAUCCGGAUGGGGGCACCAGUGACGACACUGGUGGCGGUGGCGGUGUUGGUGGUGGCAUUCCCGGCCAACCUGGCAGCCCAGACUCUCAUGAAUCACAUGAAGCAGCUGCUUCACAAGACACCGGCGGUGGCAGCGACCAUAGCAAGGGCGCAUCACCAGGGAGUAAGAGCGAUAGCGAUAAGGAGGAAGACAAAAGUCACGAAGAAGAAGAGAAUAGCCAUGAAGACAUGAAAGAGUCGGAUGAGGAGUCUCCUAGGGAACCGCCUCCGGGAACUGAUGACGAUGACGACGACAGUGACAGUAAAGAUCCUCCCGGGCGACGUGAGAGGGAACGACAACAAGAGGAGAAUGUUGCCAGACGCACUGGAGACCACAGUCAUCAUAGCAGCUAUGAGAUCAGUAUCGAUGACAGUUUUGGUGGCCGAUAUGUGCGUUCCAUCUACGAGAGCAGCGAGAGUCAUGGCCAUUCCGGUAGCAACGGCGGCUCUGGCAGUGGCGGUGCCAAGUCGAAAGCCGAUUCCGGCGCGAGUACUGAACUGGACAGAGAGGCCAACAAGGCUCAGGACAUCGACAUACCCAAGCAGAGAACAUUAACAGAGAAUGACUAUGAGGAAUUCAAUGAUGAUGUCUAAGUGGUCUGGUCAAGGUUAUAGGAUUGUGGGCAGAUUAGGCAACUUAAAAUGAAUAAUAAAUUUGAUGAAUAAAAAGAAACUAAUAAUAUUUAAGUUUACGUUAAUUCGAUUGAA